AUGUGUAGCAACUACUACGGAAACGCCUGUGGAGGCUGUGGCUAUGGCUCAGGCUGUGGCUAUGGCUCAGGCUGUGGCUAUGGAUACGGCUCUGGCUGUGGUUCUGUCUGUGGCUAUGGCCUGAGAUACAGUUCUGGCUGUGGCUAUGGGUCUGGCUGCGGAUAUGGCUAUGGUUCUGGCUGCGGUUAUGGUUCCAGAUAUGGCUAUGGCUGUGGUUAUGGUUCCAGAUAUGGCUCUGGCUGUGGCUCUGGCUGCGGUUUUGGUUCCAGAUAUGUCCUUGGCGGUGGCUAUGGCUCUGGCUGCUGUAGCUACAGGAAGUGCUCUUCUUCUUGUUGCUAA